AAUGGAGUGAAUUUCUCUUCUUGCACUUCACUCAUUUUGCUCUGCUUGCAGUCUGACUGGACCUUCAACGCUAAUCAUGAGUAAGAACUACUUGUCCAAAAAUGAUGAGCUCCGCAAGGGAGACACUCUGAUGUCCAACAACGGGGAGUGGAAGGCUGUCUUCCAGGAUGAUGGUAACUUUGUCAUCUAUGGCUGGAAGCCUGUGUGGGCUUCAGACACUUGCGGAUCAGACGCUAUCCGCCUGUGCAUGCAGGCUGACUGCAACCUGGUCAUGUACAACAAGAGUGACGAACCCAAGUGGCAAACAAACACCUCCAAACCCGAAGCUAACAUGUGCCGCCUUUACCUGACCAAUGAAGGAAAACUGACGUUGAACAGGGAAAGUGACGAGAUUUGGAACUCUGAUCAAAGCAGAGGCAUGAAGUGAUUCAUUGUAUGUGAACAUCAUGUUCUACAGUCAGAUUGAGUUACCAGUAAACCUUCCUUCUGUGUAAUCUGGAAUCAAAUAAAAGAUGUUUUUCACAAUCCAUAAA